AUGCGUGGCCAGAAUGCAGUGGUGACUGGCCUGAUGCUUUUAAACAAAGCUAAAGAAUUUGCAGUGAAAUUAGAAAAAGAUUUUGAGCCAAAUACAUCAUGGCUAUUCCGUUGGAAGAAACGCAACAAAAUAUGUGUUGGAAAAAUCAGUGGGGAAUCGAAGGACAGUGAUGAAUAUGAAGCAUCAAACUUUAUACACAACCAGUUACCUAAAAUUGUUCAAGAAUAUGCACCAAAAUACAUUUUUAAUGGAGACGAAAGCGGUUUAUAUUACAAAGCAUUACCAAACACAACAUACUUUAACAAAGGCAGUCCACCAAAAGGAUGGAAAAUGGAGAAAAGCCGCUUGACACUUCUCUUCAUUUGUAACUCAACAGGUUCCUAUAAACGUGUACAGAUCAUUGUUAAGAAGCAGAUCUGUGCUAUUGAAAGAGGAAAAACCGUUUCCGAAUAUAUUAAAUCAAUAACCAUAUUGGAUGCUUUGCAUUUCAUAAAGCGGGCCUGGUGGUUAGUUAAGCCUGAAUGUAUUGGAAACUGUUUUAAAAAGGCCGGUUUUAAUCAGAAUAGAGAUACUAUUGAGAUUGAAGAGGAGGAAAACUGUGUAAGCGAAGUUUUGACGUUUUCCUCCGAAUAUCAGCAUUGUGAUGACGAACUGAUUUGCUAUGGAAUGUUAAAUGAUGCAGAUAUUUUGGAUGAUGUGGUUUCGGACAAAUCUGUUGAAGAAUGUCAUAAUAAUUUUAAUGAGGAGGAACCCACUGCUGAUGUUUUUUAUUCCAAGCAACCCAAA